CGUGCAUCUGCGAGAAGAACAAGCGUGUCAUCAACUGCAGGAUGGUCGACGGCGUCUGUUGGUGUGACUCGAUCGGCUCCGGCGUGUCUGUGAGCUGCGACACUUUGACUUCAAAAUGCCUGCUGAUGAAAGCCGAAAUGACAGGCUCAAAAUCAGGUCGUCGUGAGAAGCCAAAAGAUGCAUUUGAAGAUACUGAUGGCCUUUAUGAUCCCGAGUGUGAAAAUACUGGUGUUUUCAAGGCAAAGCAGUGCAAUGGAACCACCUGUUGGUGUGUGAAUACAGCUGGUGUUAGAAGAACUGACAAACAUGAUGCAGACUUGAAGUGCAGUCAGUUGGUCAGAACAACGUGGAUCAUCAUUGAAAUGAAACAUGCUGAGAGAAAUGCUCCUCUGAACACUGAAUCUUUGAAGAG